ACUGCGUAAUAAAAACCAAUUUAAUCGAGUUUGACAUGGAGUUCUGUCAGUUUCACAGUAAAUAUUAAGAAUAGUUAUGUUUAAAAAUGGAUCAACUUUCAAAUACAGAACACGGCAGUAUGAUUGUCUCUCGAAACCAAGCUAUGACGGAAGUUGAAGUUCAAUUAUUAGACAUGUGCAAAGAGGAGAUAAUUCUACUAAUCGAUCCUUUCUUUGUGUCUGCAACACUUUGUAGAGAAUACCCUCAAUUUGAACCUGUUCACCAGGUUAUCCACGAGUUGGAACUGACAAACGACAGGAAAGACGUCUCAGAAGUUUUAAUAAGCCACCUGCCAGAAAAUAUUUGCUUACAUGACUUCGUGUUUGUUCUUAAAGAAUGUGGCUAUAUAGCAUUAGGAGCAGAACUGUUACGUGCCCGUUUAAAACUGGACGCGCCAACAACCUUAAAACAUGUACAUAGAUCGACAUCAGGACAAAGGCCAUCGAUAAGUAAAAUGAAUUUUAAUCUGAAAAAGAUUGUGGAUGAUGCACAGUUCAAUAAUCCUCGGCUUUUUUUACGCCAAACCAGAGACAGGUUUAUCCUAAAAAUGCAAAAUGAAAGUGAUGAAUAUCGGAGACAAAUUUUUAAUGACAAAUGCAUAGCAUUUAUUGGCGCAGAAAUCGAUGCAAUAGCUAUAACUUUUGACGAAAGUCUAUGUGAAGGAGCUGUCUUCACCGAAAUGAAAAGUCUCACAAACGCGACAAGUAAUACACUGCUAACAGAUGGUGUGUAUUUUGGCCGGUUAGCAAAUGCAAAUGCUAUUGCAGGACGUUUUAAUGAAAGCAAUCACAUGAUCAAAGCUGCCCUUUGUAAUGCAUUUUCUAUUGGUCCUUGCUUUGAACUUGUGUUUAUGAUUUAUAACGCAGUGCAAGUAAUGUUGUUUAGCUUUGAAAACUCACCAACAGCUGAAAACAGGCGGGCUCUGUUAAUGUUCGGUAACAUUGGUCUUCAAUAUGCUGAACAGGAGAUUUCGAGGAGCAAAAUGAUGUGGAGACGAUCUUACGUUUUGAGAAUGGUAUUCUGCUUGCUUGGUCUCGGGUACAAAGCAAACGUAAUUGAAAAUUGUCCUGUUGACGAAACAUGCAUUGUAGAAGCAAAGAAACUUCUUGCCGAUAUUGAAAAAAACUUGACUGGAAUAGAAACAAGAAGAGAAAUGUUGUACUAUGUUGCUAAAGCUAGAUUAGCUGAGUUAACAAAGCAGCAACAGGACUGUCUGGAUAAUUUACGAGCAUCUCGGAAUCUUGCCCAUGAAGGCCAUUUUGACGAAUUAAGAUUCAUUUCAGAUUAUCUUGAUAAGGUGAACACGCAAAUUCAACGCCCAGAUAUCAUAAAAGGGGAAGAACGGGAGAGGGAAGUGCCUGAUAAUUUGAAAUUAGAUGAAACAAGAAACUAUGCUUUACUUGGAAGCCAAGAUUUUAAGACUAUUAGUAUCCGUACAAUUGAUGAUGACGAAACCAUUCCAAAAUUCAGGAGUGUGUUUUCCUCUGAACAUCCGUUCCCUACCCAAGAACAAUUACAUGGCUCAUAUGAAACCCGAAUUCCAGGUGACGGUCGUGAAAGUGCUAGCAAUACACCGUGUCAAACAGGUGAAAGGUUAUCAGAUUCUCAUGAAGGUUAUCAAAAAGAGGGAGACACAAGUGUAGAACAUUUGAAUGUGUACCAGUCGUUUAAAGAUUCAGAUGAAUUUGAAAAUUAGUCCUCCCUGGAUAGCGAUGAUAUGUUUGGUGAUUAAGUUACAUGCGCUGCUCCAUACUGAGUAGGUUUAAUACGGUUCCACUUUGAGAAGAAAAACAUUUUUGAAGAAAGUGAACCAGUCUAAGCCAGGGCAUUAACUAUACUUUUAAUGCAAGUUUUCAUUCCGUGUUUUCAACACUCUAUACAUCUAUCCCACAAUCUUUAGUUACAAACAAAUUGACUCCUCUUAUCGAAAAAACUUUGCGAGGGAAAAAACUACUUAUAUGGCAGUUACUGAUAAAAAAGCCUUUUUUUCCAAUGACCACAGACGCAAUUGAAGUUUUAAAUUUUGUACUUUUGUAUAAUUCUUUUCUAAAAUUCAUUAAAUGUUGAUAUAAUCAAACAAUUGGCAUUAACAAUGGGUGCCAAGUAUGCACUUUUACUUGUAGACCUCUUUUUAUACUGCUAUGAAAGAGAAUAUAUGUUGAAAUUAUCUGGAGAUCUCGCUCUUGUUGAAAAAUUCAACAGCACUUUAAGAUAUAUUGAUGACAUUCUAAGUUUUGAUAAUCAUGUGUUUACAGAAUAUAUUCAAUCGAUAUACCCUUCAAAUUUGCAACUUUAUUAAUCGAAUCCAUCCGAUUUAAAAUCAUCCUAUUUAAAUCUGCAACACGAAGUAAAGGAAGAUAUAUGGAGUAUCAAACUUUAUGAUAAACGUGAUGAUUUUAAUUUUAAAAUAUUUAAUUACCCUUCUUUAGUGGGAGAGUUCACCAUCAUAUGAUGUUUUUAUUGCACAGUUGAUAAGAUUUGCUAGAAUAUGUACAGAUGUAAAAAAAUUCAGCUUCGCAGUAAACUUACGACGGAAAAACUUCUGAAACAGGGUUUCAGAUAUUAUAAAUUAAGGAAAACUUCCCCAAAAUUUGUUAAUGAUCAUUAUAAUCUGAUAUCCAAGUAUAAUAGUAGUCUUAAAUCGCUGAUUGCUGAAAGUAUUGCUCAUCCUGAUUUUUAUGGUGAUGUUUUUAAAAAAAAUCGUAAAAUUAAAAUGUUUCCAGCAGGUAGUUGGGCAGAUAGACUCAAUGAAUUACUUGGAAUUUGUUUAAACCGUUGAUAUAAAGGCAAUACUUUGAAAAGUUCUUGCCAUCUAGAUUUUGAAAAUGAAUUCCUGAAACAAAAUAUAGGGUUGAAUAUAGCAUCCUUACAUAUAAGAAAGCUUUCAGUCCUUCGAUUU